GAAACGCGCGGCGUCGCCGCAGCAGCGUUCCGGGGUCCAUGGGGGCGCCGGGCGUGGGGCUGGUGGACUGCCACUGCCACCUCUCGGAUCCGGACUUUGAUGGCGAUCUGGAUGAUGUGUUGGAGAAAGCCAAGAAGGCCAACAUUGUGGCCCUUGUGGCAGUUGCUGAGCAUUCAGGAGAAUUUGAAAAGAUUAUUCAACUUUCAGAAAGGUACAGUGGGUUCAUUUUGCCCUGCUUAGGUGUUCAUCCAGUGCAAGGGCUUUCACUGGAAGACCAAAGAAAUGUCACCUUAAAGGAUCUGGAUGCAGCUUUGCCUAUUAUUGAAAAUUACAAGGAUCAGUUGUUGGCAAUUGGAGAGGUUGGACUAGAUUUCUCUCCCAGAUUUGCUGGCACUGAUGAACAGAAGGAAGAGCAAAGACAAGUCCUAAUCAGACAGAUCCAAUUAGCCAAAAGGCUAAAUUUGCCUUUAAAUGUUCACUCAAGAUCCGCGGGGAGACCUACCAUCAACCUCUUACAGGAGCAAGGUGCUGACAAGGUACUGCUGCAUGCGUUUGACGGCCGACCGUCUGUCGCCAUGGAGGGCGUAAGAGCUGGGUACUUCUUCUCAAUUCCACCGUCUAUCAUAAGGAGUGGACAGAAGCAGAAACUUGUGAAGCAGCUGCCUUUGACAUCUAUCUGCUUAGAAACAGAUUCACCUGCACUAGGGCCAGAAAAACAGGUACGAAAUGAGCCCUGCAACAUUUCCAUUUCUGCAGAAUAUAUUGCUCAAGUGAAAGGGGUCUCAGUGGAAGAAGUUAUCCAAGUGACCACACAGAACGCACUGAAACUAUUUCCCAAGCUGCAACAUCUGCUCCAGGAAGAGGGUCAAAGCCAUGUAUUGCAGAGCCCCAUUGACUAGGGGGAGGACAGCAUUUAAGAAAAAGAAAUGUUCUGAUUAAGAGCCUGAACUGUGCAUGCAGCUGGAAAAGUGUUUUUAGAAAUAAAGGUAACAGGGAGGGGAUUAACAUUGGGCUUGGGCCCAGAAACUAGGCAAGGUCCUGAUUCUAUCCCUGGGCUGCUUUUGUGUUAGUCAAGUCCGGGCCAGAGAUUAGGAAAAUGGCACUGGAUGCUUCUUGCCUUUCCCCAUUGUAAAUUGAAAUAGUAUCUGUCCUAGGCUCUCGCUGCCCUGCCUGCCUAGUGGAUCAGUUUCAGAAUGCAAAACUCUGGUCAGUGAGAGUAGCACCCAGGUGUAGGAAUGGAGCUUGGCUUGUUUUCUUUCUGAUGUCAAACUUUGGCAGCCUUCCUAGGCUGUUCCAGGAACAUGCCCCCACCUCCCACCCAGGCCCAGUGAAUAGCAGCUAGCUCGGGAGUGUCUUUGUCUGCCUGUCCUGAGGCAUUGACCUUCUAGCCAGCCAUGUCCUGCAUUACUAAUUUUGUCUUUAUUUCUUAUUUCACCCUUUGGCAGUGUACCUCCUGCAGACAGUUGGGGAUCUUGGCUAGGUCCCUGAUAUUUCACUGAAUAGAGCCAUCAUCUGAACUGAGGCCAUUGCUUCUAGGAAAGGGAGCUUCCAUAGGCCAGGGGCCGCUCUGCUGUUCUGAGUGAGGAGGCUGUGGUGUGGUCCUCCUCCUGUGUUUUAUUUCCUUGGGAUUGAACCAGUACCUGCAGCGCAUCAACAGUGGUGCCUUAGUUCAUGAACACUUUUGUUUGCAAACAGUGUGGUUACAAACAGUGGUGUCUGGCAGAAUUUCAUUUUUGUUUGCAAACUGCACUUUGGGUGAGGAAUAUGACCAAGGCAAUCUUUCCCUGCACAAACGCAGUCAUGGCCAUCUUUUGCAGAAUUCUGGAACAAAUUAAGUUCAUGAACCAAGAUACCUCUGUAGUUUCUUACACUAUUAGAAAUCUCUUCUGAGCUUGUAAAACUGAAUUUUUAAUACUUUCAGUUAUUUCUCUUUAAGGAAAAAAUAUAUAAGGUUUUCACUCUGAUCUUAGAUUGUGAAUUAGGAAGCCAUUCUACAUAAUCAUUAUUAAAUACCAACCCCCAAAAUUUAGUUAAUAAACUGAUUUGAAGUUCCGUCCUGAA